AAAUAUUAACAACACAAAAGAGAAAGGUCCAUCUACAUAGGCCAAGAACAUUGGUACAGAUACCAUUGUUCGUCUCAAGGCCGUUUGCUGUUUAAUAACAUUUUCUUCUCCCAUUACUUUCAAGUGAAGACGCAACUUUGAUUAAAAUUUUUCUCGAUUUUUUCUUCAAGAGAAGGGGGAAAAUUGUAUGAUGAAAUCUAUGGAGGAAAGCGUUUCAUUAUCUCUUGGAUUUUCAUCAACGGUACGUGGAGGGACAAUGUGUUUGAAAUCUGAGGGACACUUCAUCAACCAAGGACAGCCAAGAACGUACCUAUAGUGACAACGUACUCCUGGUUCUGCUACUCGUUUUUGUCAAAGUCUCAAAUCAAGCCAAGAUUUCUGCCUACAAGGACCCAUACGACUCUAAUUCCUGACCUUUCAAGGAAGCAGAUGGCCGUGGUCCACUCUUGGAAAUAUAGCUACUUGGGUGCGUAGUACAUCUGUAUCCCAAGUUGUAAUUGCUCAACCACAUUUGUUGCAGCAAAUGCAAAUGGCUUUUACUGCACGGCUGCUUCUGCUUAUUUCCUCUUUGUUUCUGGUUCUAGAAUCUCUGUUUGCCCAGACUAAUAGUGGCAAAGUAGCUGUGGGCGCUUCCCUCUCUGCAACUGCAGGCAACAGCUCCUCAUGGCUUUCUCCUUCUGGUGAUUUCGCCUUUGGUUUUCGACAAUUUGAAAACAGUGAUCUUUUCUUGCUUUCUGUAUGGUAUUCCAAGAUUCCAGACAGAACCAUAGUUUGGUAUGCAAAUGGGGAUAGUCCUGCAGUUGUAGCUAAGGGCUCACUUCUGAAUUUGACUGCUGACAACGGACUAGUGCUUACAAGUCCUCAGGGUGUUCAGCUUUGGAAAUCUGAGUCAAUUUCUGGAGUCGUUGCCAUUGGGGUCUUGAAUGAUACAGGCAACUUUGUUCUUGAAGAUGACAAUUCAGAGAGUUUAUGGGAGACCUUCAGUAAUCCAACUCAUACCAUUUUACCUGGGCAGGAUAUCGGAAAAGGAGGGAAGCUUUGGUCUCAACAAUCCGAGACCAACUUUUCAAAAGGAAGAUUCGAGCUGCGUAUGCAAGAUGAUGGCAAUCUUGUGCUUACCACUAUAAACUUGCCAACUGAGUUUGCCAAUGAGCCUUAUUAUGCAAGUGGCACUACCGGUGAUUCAAAUUCUUCUACUGCGGGUACAAAGCUGGAGUUCAAUAGCUCGGGCUACAUGUAUGUUCUGAGAGAGAACGGUGAGAAGCUCUCCAUCAAAGAAGCAGAGACAGUCUCAGCUAGGAGCUUUUAUCUUAGAGCAACCCUCAACUUUGAUGGGGUUUUUGCUCAAUACUCUCACCCGAAAAAUUCCCUUGGUAAUGUAAGCUGGAGUCUUGUUUGGUCAGUGCCAAAUAACAUAUGCAAUAUGCUGGUUCGUUCAGGUCUUGGUGUAUGUGGCUACAACAGUAUCUGCACUCUCCAAGAUCAGAGGCCAACCUGUGCAUGCCCAACAAGAUACUCUUUAUUGGAUCCGAAAGAUCCGUAUGGGGAUUGCAAGCCGGAUUUCAUACAAGGCUGUGAGGAAGAUGAGCUGACUGUUACAAAAGAUCUAUAUGUGCUGACAAAUACUGAUUGGCCAACCUCAGACUAUAUGCAGUUGAAGCCUUCUACUGCAGAAGAGUGCAAUGAAUCUUGCUUUGGAGAUUGUUUGUGUGCUGUUGCUAUUUUCAGAAAUCAAACCUGUUGGAAAAAGAAGUUACCUCUUUCAAAUGGGAGAGUCGAUAGCACGCUUAAUUCACAGGCCUUCAUCAAAGUCAGGAAGGGUAAUUCAACCCUACCAAUUCCUCAAACACCAAAUCGGGAUGACAAGAAGAGGAAGAACCAGAACACUUUAAUACGCGUUGGAUCAGCGCUUCUUGGUACCUCAAUCUUUGCUAACUUAAUGUUAAGUGCUAUAGUUUGUGUGGGAUGUUUCUUCAUUUACCAGAAGAAACAUGUGAGGCCUAACCAAAAUGUUUUGGACUUGAAUUUGCGGUAUUUUAGUUAUGAAGAGCUUAAAGAAGCAACAAAUGGAUUUAAUGAAGAAUUAGGAAAGGGUGCUUUUGGAGUUGUUUACAAAGGAAUAUUGCAGAUUGGUCCUGGUGUCCCAGUGGCAGUGAAGAAGCUAAAUUUUGUGGUACAAGAUCGUGAAAAGGAAUUCAAGACGGAACUGAACAUAAUUGGUCAGACACAUCACAGGAAUCUGGUUAGACUUGUUGGAUAUUGUGAUGAGGGGCAAGAACGGUUACUAGUAUAUGAGUUCUUGAGCAAUGGCACAUUUGCAAACUUUCUUUUUGCUGGUACAAAACCAAGUUGGAAGCAAAGGAUUGAUAUUGCUUAUGGAGUUGCUAAAGGACUGCUGUACCUACAUGAAGAGUGCAGCACCCAGAUCAUCCAUUGUGACAUUAAGCCUCAGAACAUUCUUCUAGAUGAUUACCACAAUGCUCGGAUAGCUGACUUUGGAUUGGCAAAGCUUUUAAUGAUGAAUCAGAGCCAGACUCAAACUGCCAUAAGAGGAACAAAAGGGUAUGUUGCACCUGAGUGGUUCCGGAACCUGCCAAUCACUACCAAAGUUGAUGUGUAUAGCUUUGGUGUGGUGCUGCUAGAGGCCAUUUGCUGCAGGAGAAGCGUUGAUAUGGAAAAUGUUUCCGAAGACAGAGCCAUUUUAACCGAUUGGGUCUAUGACUGCUUCCUCGAAGGAGAAUUGGACGCGAUUGUUGACAACGAAAUGGAGGCGUUGCAUGAGAAAACAAAGCUGGAAAGGUUUGUCAUGGUUGCUCUUUGGUGUAUCCAGGAAGACCCUUCUCUUCGACCCACUAUGAGGAAGGUUGUGCAAAUGCUUGAAGGAGUAGUGGAAGUACAUGUUCCACCAUGUCCAUCACCUUACAGCAGAGCAGGCUGAAACCGACUUUGUUUAGCAUUAGCAACUUUAAUUUGUAGCACCAAGAAGUUAGUGAUCACUUCUUGUUUGUUAGUGUCUAUGGAUAUGUAUUAGUUAUAACUAAUAAGUCUGUUAGACGCGCAUGCAUGAUCUUGUAAUUAGAAGCUGUAAGUCAUGAACUUAUGAUCUUGUUGGGAGUGA